CCAUUUGAAAAACCCACUCUUUUCCGUCUUCUUCAAUCUCCAACAGUUUUCAUUUUUCCACUGUAAUAAACCCUAACCAAAUCAAAUCAAAUCAAACCCAGAAAUCAAUUUCUCCAUCCUCCAUUUUCAAAGCUCAAAAGAAGAAAAAUGCGUUCAGUAAUCACCAGAAUCCCAUCAAAAUACCUUGUAAAACGCUUCAUUCCAUCAAUUUCUCCCUCAACCCACUCUCUUUCUACAUCAACUGAAUCCAAACCCCAGAAAUUAGAUCGAAUCGCAAAUGAGCUGCUUUCCCUCAAUCCCGUUGAACUUAACGAUUACUCUAUUCUGUUUGGGAUGAAGAUGGGCCUUAAGAAUGCUGGGUUAGCUGGACUUUCAGCUGGGCCAAGCUCAUCCGGGUCAGCCCAGCCCAGUGCAGAGGCUGAGACCAAGGAGAAGACGAUGUUCGAUGUGAAAUUGGAAAAGUUUGAUGCAGGGGCGAAGUUAAAGGUGAUUAAAGAGGUGAGAAGUUUUACAGAAUUGGGGUUGAAGGAAGCAAAAGAUUUGGUUGAGAAAACACCUGCAUUUGUGAAGAAAGGGGUUACUAAGGAAGAAGGUGAAGCUAUUAUUGAGAAAUUGAAGGCGCUUGGUGCUACUGUCGUUUUGGAAUGAUUUUGAUUUUGAGUCGGGCAAAAAUUCCAAUGAAGGAUUACAUCCUGUAAGCAACAUAACAUUCCCUUAUAAUCUUGUAGGUUGUGAUUUUGAUUCCUAAGGUACCAUUCCCAACCUAUGUUACCUGAAAUGAGGCAGUCGUGACAACCUUGGGUACAUCUCCAAGACUCCAAGUAUUAGACUUGGCUGGUUUACGAAAAGAGCCCUCAUUAUAGAGAAGGAAGGAAGUGCCAAGUGUUCAUACCUACGAGUAUUGUUGAGUUAUAGUAACACACCCAAACUUGUGCUGUUAAAUGGGUUCACUUGAGAUUUAUAUAUUAUCGGUGUGCACACUAUUGCAGUUGGUUCAUACUGCCCUUCAUGAACGAACCAAACAUAUUGAGGUUAGACUGCCAUUUCAUCAAAGACAAGGUUCUAGAUGGUCUGUUACAGAUUUGCUUGUUUCUCAUAAUUAGUUACUUGAAGUUGGGAAUCUACCUUCACAAUCCUUACCCCGCUUUUUAUUACUAGUGAUUCUCCGCUUGGAUCGAUAUCUGGUGUAUAAAUUAGAACGUUGACUUUUGUAUCUUAUAAGUAAUAGUUGGGACAACAUGCUAAGGAUGUUUCCUGUACAAAUAAAGAUAUUCUUCCCUUUUUUUGGAGUACAUUGAAAAUACCAUAAUGAGAAAUUUUUCUGAGCUGAA